GAAUCGUCACGAAGGUCAGCAUGCUGCUCCGAGCGACGCGGUUUGCGCGCGCCACGCGGCGCCUCUCGACGACCGUGGACGCGUACGCGGUCGGGUCGACGACGCAUGGCUUCAAGGUGGUGCGCAAGGAAGCGAUUCCCGAGUACUCGAUCACCGCGAUCCAGCUCCAGCACGAAGCGACCAAGGCCGACUACUUGCACAUUGACAGCGUCGACAGCAACAACGUCUUUAGCGUCAACUUUCGCACGCCGCCGACGUCGUCGAAUGGCAUUGCGCACAUUCUCGAGCACCUCGUGCUCUGUGGCUCCAAGCAGUACCCGGUCCGCGACCCGUUCUUCAACAUGCUCAAGCGCAGUCUCAACAACUUUAUGAACGCGAUGACCGGCGCCGACCACACCAUGUACCCGUUCGCAACGACCAACCGCACGGAUUUCGACAACCUCCUCCGUGUCUACUUGGACGCAACCUUUUUUCCGCGGCUGCGCGAAUUGGACUUUCUUCAGGAAGGCCACCGUCUCGCGCUCGACGAGACGACGGGCCACCUGCAGUACAAGGGUGUCGUCUUCAACGAGAUGAAGGGCACGCUCUCGGACAGCGACACGCUCUUUGCGACGCGUUUGCAGCAGCAUGUGAUGCCGACGGACAGCGUCUAUGCUCACGUGAGCGGCGGCGACCCGACUGUCAUUCCGUCGCUGUCGCAUGACGAGCUCAAGGCCUUCCAUGCGACGCACUACCACCCGUCGAAUGCCCUCUUCUACUCGUACGGUAACUUUGCGUUGUCGGAGCAUCUCGCCUACAUCAACGACAACGUCCUCUCGCAAUUUGAAGCGGCGAAGGCCGUUAAGAUUGCGCCGUCGGUAGUCGUGCCACCGCGCGUGGCCGCGCCGCUUGUGGAGCUGGAAGGGCCGGACGAUGGCGUGAGCGGCGACGCCGCCGCGCAGACCAAGUGGGUCCAAGCCCACGUGCCGGACGUCGACUGCCUCCCGACGUUGACGCUGCAAGACAUUCCGCUGCAGCACCCCAAGUUGACGACCGAGACGCGCGGCGUCAACAUUCAAUUCGUGCCGCAGUCGACCAAUGAACUCACGUACUUUCGGCUCAAGUUUGACACGUCGCGUGUCCCGACCGAGCUCAAGCCGUACUUGCCGUUCUUUGCGUCCGUGCUCGGCCAACUCGGCACGAGCCAGCUCUCGUUCCAGGACCUCGCGACCACCGUUCAGUCGAUCAGCGGCGGUGUCUCGGCCUCGACGUUGCUCGUUCCGGACACGCACACGACGGCGACGUACACCGAGUCGCUCUUGGUCGAGACACUCUGUCUGCCGCACAAGGUCGACGCGACGCUCGCGUGCCUUGUGGCUAUCUUUACCGACACACAAUUUACGUCGCCCGAAAACGUGCAGCAGCUCAAGACACUGCUGACGAGCACCGCGUCGGCGGCCAGCGCGUCAGUGGCGUCGAGCGGGCACCAGCUCGCGGCGACCCGUGCCCAGUACGGUCUCACGGCGGUCUCGACACCCUAUGAACAAUUGCAUGGGCUAACGGCAAUCGAUGCGAUGCAAGCCUGGCUCAAGGCCACCGAAGACGACCCGGCGAUGCUGCUGCAGUUUGCGGCCGCGCUGAGUGCACUUGCCCAGCACAUUUUCCAGUCCGACACCAUGCGUCUCUCGGUGGUCACCGAACCGCACCUGAUGACGGGGAUCGAAGCCUCCAUUGCGGGAUCGCUUGUCGCCCACCUUCCAAAGGCGAACGAUGUCGCGCCUGUCGCAUCCGUGUUUUCCCCGACGCAACUCCCGGACGCGACGCCCAAUGCGUUUUUUGGGUACCCCCUCUCGGUCAAUUUCAACGUCCAAGCGAUUCCGACCGUGCCGCUCUUCCAUCCGGACCAUGUGCCGCUGACGGUCCUGGCGCAGGUGCUCUCUUCGUGCUACUUGCAUCAACACGUGCGCGAAAAGGGCGGUGCAUACGGGGCCGGCGCGUCGCAGGGCGAAGGCGUGUUUCAAAUGAGCUCGUACUACGACCCGCACACGCUCCAGACGCUCGAGGCGUACGAUGGCGCGGCCACGUUUGCGGCGACCGGCGCCUUCUCGCACCGCGACGUCGACGAGGCGCUGCUCGGCCUCUUUUCGUCGAUCGACGCGCCUCAAGCGCCGUCGGCCAAGGGCAAAGGCCUUUUCACGCGCGGCUUUACCCACGAUAUGCUGCAAGCGCGCCGCAGCCAACUCCUCGCAACGACUAAGGACGAUGUUGUCCGCGUCGCACAGACGUACUUGGCGUCGCCGUCGAUUCUGCAGCGCGUGAUUGUCGGCAAGGAUGAUGGCCGGGAGGCGCUUCGCAGUGCCGGGUUUACGUGCAACUAGACUCGAUUCGAGUCGAUUAAAGCCAUCGACUAAACGACUAGGAUAUUCUAGAGCCGA